UCCACAACUAUACACGCCAGCCAGUCGUCAAGCGGGUCGGCUUCACCGUGGUUGACCAGGCGAAUGGUGGCCACAGUGUGUGGUUGUGCGCUGAACCGUGCGUGUUCGCCUUCUGAUAUUGUCGUCGAUGUUUGGACACGGUUUUAUAAGCCCGCCACUAGUGAAGCCCCACAACGGUGGCUCCACAAGGGUGGAUUGGAAGGGGACGGUGUACGGUACCCGUGGAUGGUGAACCAGUUACUUGGCUCGCGCGGUUUCCUUUCCACAGUUUCUACGCGAAGGUUACACGGAGAGCAUCUGCUUGCAACUGGCUGCUUUUGCUGCUGGUGUAUCGUAAACCGAGUGCGUUUUUUUUUGUUUUGGACAUCGGGUUAGAGAAAAGAGAAUGGAAAGUGCUGUGGAAAAAUCCUACCACUAGUGACAUCAAGGAAGAAGCAAUCGGCCAUGGUGAUAUUUGGGAUGUCUCAAGUUUAAGGGAGAGACCUUACAAGAGCUGCUUUGAAGUUAUUGAGGUAAAAAAAACUAUUGACUGUGUGUGUGUGUGCGUGUGCCCGUGUAUCUUCCGGAAUAUUUUGGCUUCCGGCUCGUACUGUCCGUGGGUGCCAUGUUUCUUCAGUGGAAUCAUUUCCAAGGCGCCAGAACCAGCGAUGAAUCGGACUGUGUGAUUUUCCACCGUGCAACACCAUUUUCUCGGGGUCGUUUUGUGUAAUUGCGCACUACCGAGUGCGAGUGAAACCACGGGUUGGUGAAACGGUUUCACCCCCAGCCAGCCCUAGUACCAGCGAGUGGAGUGAAUGUCUGCAGCAACGCGUCGGGCAGGCGUAACUGAUUGCGGCUACGAUGGAUUUGCAGAAUUACGACGAAGACAUAUCGGCCAACGGUUACUACCGGCGGCUAUUGAGCGACCAUUACAGCAUCCUGGAGACGGCUACCGUCGAGGGAUGGAUUGUGUGCGUGCCCCGGUUCGGUUCGUUCAGCGAACAGUGUCUGGUGGAUCAGGAGUUUGCCCUCGCGCACAUACUGGUCCCGAACGAGGAACUGCCGGAGACGCACUUCUUCAAUCUGAACUUCCUGCAGCUAAAGCUAGACGAGCGGGCGCUCGCAUUCGGCGAUGUCCGGGUGCGCAUUCUGUUCGAGGAAAUCUUCUACCGGGACGGGCUCAAGUACAAAGUGUGGUGCAUCGAGCGCCCGCUGCACGACAUGAAGAAGUACGGUGUGUACGCGGAGGAUGAGCUUUCGCUCGGCCGUUUCCUUGGCAUCGGCAGCCUUACCGAGGCGGUCGAGUUCAUACGGACAGCCGCCAAGAAGAAGGACAUCUUCGGCCGGAUGGAUGGGAAGGUGCAGCAGUUCGUGCGUGCGCACGCUGACUUGGGCAAGUGGCAGUACGAGGAACAGAGGGCGGCGGUGAAAAUGAUCUACGUCGAGUGUCUGGAGUUGAUACUGCAGAACCGUAAGCUUAAGGACCGCUGCCAGCGGGAUAUGCUGCUGCGGGGCAACGUGAAGGUCGCCAUCGAGACGUACGUAAUGGAUAAGCUGUACGAUCAUGUGAAGAACGUGAUCGAUGUGUGCCGUUCCGAGCAGGCGGAAGCGUUCAACAAAACCAUGCGCAAUCUGGGCGAUGUGCACUGUACGGAGUUUGAGGUGGCUCAGCGGUACGGUGAGCUGAUUCCGCUCGCAAAGAAGGAGCUGGCGAAGAUCGAUCACGCGCGUACGGUAAUCGACAAGAUCGGCUGUUUGCAGAAGGUGAUGGAAGUGCUGGCCAAGGGUGGGUUGGGCCAGAAGCAGUACACGCUGACGGCCGAUCAGCUGGUGCCGUUGCUUAUUUUUCUCAUUCUCAAAUCGGGACUGACGCACUGGAUAAUGACGAUAACGUUUCUGAAGGAGUUCCAGUUUAACAACGUGUUCCGGGAGCAGCGCAUCGAGACGGGCGAGCACGGGUUUCUCAUUGCGACCCUGGAGGCGGCCAUUGUGUACAUUAGCUGCGGUAGCAUUACCCGUACGCAACGGCUCGGCAUUAACUUUGAGCGGCGGCCGAGCGCCACCGAUCCCGAUACCGGUUCGACCGAUGUGGUGUUCCGUAAUGCGGACGACUUCCUCAGCUAUCUGCUACAGCUGAUGCGUAACGAUGAUGAGGCAAAGGUCGUGGAACUGCUGCAGGACGUCACCAACAAUCAGGCACUGCUGUGGAACGUCCCCACCGAGAUGGGAUACUACUAUCUGCCCUCGAUCGAUGACCAAAACCAGCUCGGUCAGGCCGCGAUACAUCUGGCCGCCAUUCUCGGCAAUGCGAAGCUCCUGACGCUCAUACUGUCCCUCCAGCCGAACGUGAAUGCGGUCGACGCGAAGAACUGGACCGCGCUGCACUAUGCCGCAGCGAACGGUCAUCAGAAUCUGCUGCUGUUGCUGCUGCACGCCGGAAUCAACAUUAACAGCACCAGCAACGAUGCACACACAUCGCUCCAUUUAGCGUGCCUAAAUGGCCACAGCGGAUGUGUCAAGGCGUUGCUGUACUUUUCCGAGCAUAUGCGCAUCUACGUCGACGUGAACGCGGCCACCGAGCUGGGCCACACGCCGCUGCAUUAUGCAGCCAAGUGGGGCUUUCUCGAUAUCGUCGAAACGCUGCUCGAGUACACGGCGCGGGUCGACGUAAUGAACAAGCUGGGCGCGACUCCGCUACGCUACGCGCACAACGUCCGCAUUACGAAACUGCUCGUCGAUGCACUGCACGACCAGCGGCGCAAUGCCGGGCACGGCCGGGCUCUGCUCAGUGCAAAGUCUUCGUCCGCACCGCAGACGACAGUCUGCUUCGCCGAAGACUUUGACUACUCGAAUGACAGCGCCCCGGAAGAGAUGCGCGAGCAGCGUACGAUAGAGGAGAUGAAGCGCAUUGAAAAGGCACUCGAAGCUAUUGCCGCGCAGGACACGAAGCUGGCCUGCGUGUAUCUGGGGCUGGACGGGGACGAGCAUGCGCCCGAACAGCUGCCGGCACGAGCCCAUCCGCUUCCACUGUCCGCUGGUUUUCCUACGGACGAGAAGUUGUGUCACCCGCUGUGCACCUGCAACCGAUGUGUCCGCCGAUCGUCCGAGUUCUACAAUCUGCUUCGGAAACCUUUCGGAUUGUCAGCAAAGCCACCGGAACCAUCGGUGCCGGCCCAAGUGCGCGUCGAUCUGAACGCCGUCAAUGGGGAAGGCUACACAGCCUUGCACGUGGCUGCGAUGCACGGUAACGUGGACAUGGUGCGUGUGCUGCUGGAGCGCAAGGUCAAUCCCACCAUUCGGCUCAAAUCCGGUGCAACGGCGCUACAUUUGGCAACGCGCGAACGCCGGUUGCGCAUUGUGCGGAUGCUGCUCAGCCGCUGCCCGACGGCGGACAUAGUAGACCUGAAGGACAGCCGGGGCGAUACGCCACUGCACUACGCGGUAGAACAGAACAACUUGCAGCUGGUGCAAAUGUUGCUGGAGGCCGGUGCCGACCGCAGCAUACGCAACCUGCAGGGCAAGCGGCCAAUCGAUAUAGCUAAGAACAGUCUUUACUUUAACGUUGUCAAUUCGCUGGAGCAGCGAUAGCGAAGGGCUGCGACGACCGACGGUGUUUGUGAAUAUAGGAAAUACUUUGUACAUAUUCGUUGGAUUUAGUAAUGUGGAAAAGAAACGAAAUAAAUUUAAACACACACGAGCAAGCCACAACUGUGCAAGAUACUUUUUUCACUCACCUUAUCGCACGCAACAUCUCAGCAACGUGCAUGUCGGAAGAAAUGGACAAGAGUUUGCUUAACGAUAAGCGCACUGAUGACUGAAGUGGCUGAGGAUUUCGCAACGAAAUGAAGCGGUUUUACUACCGUAAACCAAAACUGCAACACCAUUUGUUGUUUGGAAUGCAAAGUUUUCCGACGGUUUCGCUUUAUUUCUUUUAUUCAUCUUCCGAAUUGGUGGUGGGGCGGUAGUACUUUACAUCCUCUGCGGAGGGCAUUUCUGGACGAUCUACCGUAGUAUGAACAUUUACAAGAGCGAAAAAGAAACACACACACACACACAACACACAUGCCGGACCGACCGAUUGUUGCGUGCGUUGGCGUACGUCCCAGGCGCAUGUUUCGAAACGCUUCCCAAUCUUGUCUGAUUUGCUGAAACAGCAGCAAGAAAUGAAUAUGAAACACCUGGCCAACAUCGUCUGCACUUCAAAUCCCCAUAGCGGCUGAUAAGCAACGAUAAAAAAAAGACAAAUAGACCAACAGUAACAAAUUAACAACACAACAAAGAACUGGCUGACAAAAAUGAUAGCAUGAAAAAACUCAACAUAUUACUUAGAGUAGAUUGCAAUUUAGCAAAGCCAUCAACAUCCACACCGUGUUCAGUGAAUGAAUCUCUACGAUCAAAUGAAUCAAAUGUAAAUCGGUUGAUACUAAAUGAAGCGUACUCUUACACUUUAAGAUAGUUUUCCAACUGAAAUAUUUUUUUUAAAUUUCAUUCAAUGGAAAUUCCUCUUAAGUUUUUUCUUAAGUUUUUCCUUCAAUCAUACACACCUCUCUCCCGUACGCUGCUGUUCAUCUUGAAGCGAGCUGCUGUUUCAACCAUAACAUUCCAUAAUUAUACUCCGAUUGUAAAGGAUUAUCUUUGUUUCAAAUACGCUUAGAAGGUCUAUUCAAUUAUCUGUAUAUAUAUACUUGUGUUUAGCGACUAACCCACCGCUACAUGAUUCGCAUUUUCUACAGGAAUUUCAUAUGAGCAACAACAAAAAAAAA